ACGAAUUCACAUAAAUUAACAAUUCAAAAUGAAUUAAAAAAAAAACAAACCAAGUUGAAAAUAAAAAUUACAUUAUUUAUUUAUAAAUUUUAACUUCUUUCAAUAAGUGUUUAAUAACAUAACUUUCCUGUGCAAAAAAAAGCGUUGAAACAAAAAAGUGACAAGUUCUUGUGUAAUGAGUAUAGAUUCCGUUAUGGAUAGUUUAUCCACGACAAGCGAUCACAGUGUUGCCUCUUCGAACGAAUCAAUGUCAAAUCGUCAACGCAGUCGUUCUCCACCAGAUGAUCGUCAUUCCAUUGAACGCAAUGGUCACAACUUGUCCAUGAGUAAGCGUACUCCAACUCCUGGCAGCCCUUCACGACACCAUCAUCGGCCAAGCAACAGUAGCCCUUUGACUGGUAGCGGAGCACACAUGAUGUCAAUGCCGCAUCCGCUUUCUCCUCCAACUGUUUCUACCCCAAGUAACAUGAACCUCGGAGGGAUGCCGCCACGUAUAGUGCAAUCCUUAUCACAUCUUCCGCCUCACGGUCUGGGCUUACUCAAUUCGCUACAAAUGAUGCAUCACGCAUCACCCUUGGAUCUCAUGGCAGCGGCACACCAUCACGGUCCACCUCGGUCCUACAACAGUCCUCCGCCCAUAUCGAGUUCCGAUCCAACGGCAAACGAAUGCAAAUUAGUAGACUAUCGCGGCCAAAAGGUAGCCGCAUUCAUGAUCCAAGGUGAAACAAUGCUCUGUCUCCCCCAAGCAUUUGAACUCUUUUUGAAACAUUUGGUCGGAGGAUUGCACACAGUUUAUACCAAAUUGAAGCGUUUAGAUAUUGUUCCAUUGGUUUGUAAUGUAGAACAAGUGAGAAUUCUGCGGGGUUUGGGAGCGAUUCAGCCUGGAGUAAAUCGUUGCAAAUUACUCGCCUGCAAGGAUUUUGAUGUUUUAUACCGCGAUUGCACAACAGCCAGAUGCUUGUCAAUCAAGCCACCCGAAAGCUCCAGACCUGGAAGACCACCAAAACGUGGGCCUGUGGGACUUUCAUUACCCCCAUCAAAUUAUUCACAUCCGUCACAACUUACCAAAAAACAUCGAUUGGAGAACGGAGAUUACGGCAAUUAUGAAAAUGGACAUUUAGGUGAAAUCUCGCGUAUGGAUAAAUCUCCAUUGCUUGCUAAUGGUUAUAAUGCCCCACCGACACAUUUGAAUCAUAUUCCAGCAUUUAUGCAGAUGAAUCACCAUCCGGCCAAUCCAGCACAUGCUCUUAUGAGUCCUGUUCCUCCACAUGGAAUACCCCGGCCUGAUGGAUCAAUCAUGAAAGGUCAAAACCUUCCACCUGCAAUUGAAGCUAUGGCAAGAACUGGUAUGUGGGAAAACUGUCGUGCAGCAUAUGAAGAUAUUGUCAAGCAUCUUGAAAGAUUGCGAGAUGAACGUGGAGAUGAUCGAAUUGAGCGAGAUCAAAAAUGCCGUGAUUCCCACUCGCGCCAUGGCUCUUCAAAUGGCCACAGCCCAGUUUUAAAUUUAUCGAAAUCUAACGUGGAUCAACAUAGUGUCGGAGAUCAUAGUGAUCGAAGUGAAGUUCACACUCCAGAUAUGUCGACUCACGGUGGCGAUGAUAACAUAAGCGAAGUAAAUGAUGCAUUUGAUGGUGAUGAGCGUCACGAAGAAAAGGAUGAAGAUAUUAGUGACGCUGAACAUGAAACGGCAACAACGCCACCUCCAACAAGUAAUACAUUGGGAGAAAUAGAAAGUCGUCAUUCUGCAAUUAAUUACGCCCAAUUAGCAAGUAAUGCUACACAAAAUGCAGUCUCCGAUCCAAGUUGCUCAUCAACUGAAACACUUUUACGAAACAUUCAAGGACUCCUAAAAGUGGCUGCUGAUAAUGCAAGACAGCAAGAAAGACAAAUAUCCUACGAAAAAGCUGAACUGAAAAUGGACAUUUUGCGGGAGCGUGAGUUCAAAGACUCAUUAGAAAGACAGCUUACAGAGGAGCGUAAAUUACGAGGUCUAUACCAGAAGCGUUGCAAGAGAGAAAAACGCAACACUUGUCGCUUGCGUGAGCAAUUGGAAAUGGAAAUAAAGAAACGCAAUCAAAUUGAAGAAGCUCUAAAGGCCUCAGGAGCAUCUGCUGAAAUUCUACGAAUUAUUUCAGAAAACUCAAACAACGAACACCGAGAGCACAGUACAUCAGCUACCGAUCGUGAGACUCGUUCAUCGUCGUCUUCCUCAAAGCAGCCACAGCAAUCUCGCGAAGAAAACAGCAACAAAUCCGAACAUAACAACAAUAACGAACCAAAGUCAACAGAGUCUUCUUCAUCACGCUCGCGUCCAUCAAGCCGUGACACUACGCAACAACAAUCAAACAAUAGCACUAAUUCUAAUAAUGAUAAUAAACAGGGAAGCAAUUGGAAUUAUCCUGGGUUACAGGACGUCAUGGCAAGUGGUGGGUUUUGGCAAAAUUAUUCAGAGUCUCUCGCACAAGAUCUUGAACGAAAGGCCAGACACCGUGAAAAUAGUGAAGAAACAGGUGAUUCCCCUGUAAAAAAUUCUCUCUCUGACCGAUCCAGCUAUUACAAAAACUCGGUGCUGUACAGCAGUGCAACUUAGUCAAAUAAUAAAAAUUAAGCGUUUUUCGAAUAAAACAAAAUACAUAUAUACAU